GCCCCCCCCGGUCUAGAACGAUCUGUGGUAGCGUCUGGGCGCCAUGUUAGAAGGCCGGAGGGGAAGAGGAAAGUGAAGCGGCGGCGGCCCGGCCUAGCGAGCGGCUUUCUCGUCCCUCACACGCCCCGACUCCGGCCCGUGCCAUGGUCACGGCUCCCGCUUCCCGGCGGGGCGACUGACCGGUCCGGAGGCGGCAGCGGUGGGGAAGGACGAAGAAGAGGAGGAGGAAAGAGAAGGAGACGACGCGGUGGUGGUGGUGGCGGCGGCGGCGACGGCGGCGGAGGAGGAGGGGCCGGAGAGACGAUGCCGUUUCCCGUUACAACCCAGGGAUCACAAACACAGCAACUACAGAAGCAUUAUGGCAUUACCUCACCUAUCAGUUUAGCUGCUCCCAAGGAGUUUGACUGCAUGCUUACCCAAAAAUUAAUCGAGACCCUCAAACCAUAUGGUGUAUUUGAAGAAGAGGAGGAGCUGCAGCGAAGGAUUCUAAUUUUGGGAAAAUUAAAUAACCUGGUAAAGGAGUGGAUACGGGAAAUCAGUGAAAGCAAGAAUCUUCCUCAAUCUGUAAUAGAAAACGUUGGAGGGAAAAUUUUUACAUUUGGAUCCUAUAGAUUAGGGGUUCAUACAAAAGGUGCUGAUAUUGAUGCCCUCUGUGUUGCGCCAAGACAUGUGGAAAGAAGUGAUUUUUUCACAUCAUUUUAUGAAAAACUGAAACAGCAAGAAGAAGUAAAAGAUCUGAGGGCUGUCGAAGAAGCUUUUGUCCCAGUUAUUAAACUUUGUUUUGAUGGAAUAGAGAUUGAUAUUUUAUUUGCAAGAUUAGCACUGCAAACUAUUCCUGAGGACUUAGACCUACGAGACGAUAGCCUACUUAAAAAUUUAGACAUUAGAUGCAUACGAAGUCUUAAUGGUUGCCGGGUAACCGAUGAAAUUCUGCAUCUAGUACCAAACAUUGACAACUUCAGGUUGACACUGAGAGCUAUCAAACUGUGGGCAAAACGCCACAACAUCUAUUCCAAUAUACUAGGUUUCCUUGGUGGUGUUUCCUGGGCUAUGCUAGUAGCAAGGACUUGCCAGCUUUAUCCAAAUGCAAUAGCAUCAACUCUUGUACAUAAAUUUUUCUUGGUAUUUUCUAAAUGGGAAUGGCCAAAUCCAGUGCUAUUGAAACAGCCAGAAGAAUGCAAUCUUAAUUUGCCUGUGUGGGACCCAAGGGUAAACCCCAGUGAUAGGUACCAUCUUAUGCCUAUAAUUACACCAGCAUACCCACAGCAGAACUCCACCUACAAUGUGUCCGUUUCCACACGGAUGGUCAUGGUUGAGGAAUUUAAACAAGGUCUUGCAAUCACAGAUGAAAUUUUGCUGAGUAAGGCAGAGUGGUCCAAACUUUUUGAAGCUCCAAACUUCUUUCAAAAGUACAAGCAUUAUAUUGUACUUCUAGCAAGCGCCCCGACAGAAAAACAGCGACUAGAAUGGGUGGGCUUGGUGGAGUCAAAAAUCCGUAUUCUAGUGGGAAACCUGGAGAAGAAUGAAUUCAUCACACUGGCUCAUGUGAAUCCACAGUCAUUCCCAGCACCCAAGGAGAAUCCUGACAAGGAAGAAUACCGUACUAUGUGGGUGAUUGGGUUGGUGUUCAAGAAAACUGAGAAUUCUGAGAAUUUAAGUGUUGAUCUUACCUACGACAUUCAGUCUUUUACAGACACAGUUUAUAGGCAAGCAAUAAACAGCAAGAUGUUUGAGAUGGAUAUGAAGAUUGCUGCAAGGCAUGUGAAACGUAAGCAACUUCACCAACUGCUGCCAAAUCACGUGCUUCAGAAAAAGAAAAAGCAUUCAACAGAAGGGAUCAGACUGACAGCUCUGAAUGACAGCAGCCUAGACUUGUCUAUGGACAGUGAUAACAGCACGUCUGUGCCUUCACCUACUAGUGCUAUGAAGACGAGUCCAUUGAACAGUUCUGGAAGUUCUCAGGGCAGAAGCAGUCCUGCACCAGCUGUAACAGCAGCAUCUGUGACCAACUUACAAGCUUCUGAAGUCACUGUGCCACAAAUAAAUUCCAGUGAAAGCUCAGGGGGUACUUCAAAUGAAAGCAUUCCUCAAACUGCCACACAACCAGCCAUUUCUCCACCACCAAAGCCUACCAUCUCUAGAUUCUCCUCAGCGUAUCUAUUAAAUCCAUCACCAAGAACUUCAGGAAACGUCGCAACUAAAAUGCCUAGCCCUGUCAAAGCAGCGAAGAGGACUUCUUCUCCCCAUAAAGAAGAGUCUCCCAAGAAAAUGAAAAUCGAAGAGCAGGAUGAAAUGAGUGAAGAUACUAGCUGUAUAGAUAUGAAUGAUCACGAAAAAAUGGAAACUAAGGAGCAACUUGAGACAGAAGUGAAUGUUAAUUCUCAAACAGAAACUCUUCAGACGAGUUCUCUGCAAGCUCCUCAGCUAAACAUGUAUGGCUUGCCAUACAAACUCACCGAAGCUGGAUUCGCUCUUCUGAAUUGUGCCUUCAAAAAAACGCCCAGUACAGACCUUUCAGAUAUCCCCGCUCUCCCUGCAAAUCCUAUUCCUGUUAUCAAGAAUUCAAUAAAGUUGAGAUUGAACCGGUAAAAACAACCUCAGGGGUCCAUAAACAGUAUCUGCCAACUCAACCUGUCGUCUUCUAAUGCUAGAAAAAAAGGAGAACGGAGGGUGCAAGACUAGAACAUAAUCGCAAACGGAUUUAGGUAUAUUUUGUGCACUUCCCUUUCUGGGCUGAAAUCACCACUUGGUUGCAAGUCCAGGUUAGUAUGUGAAGCCAGGAGUACAAUUAAUGUGUUAGCAACAGUUGCAUUAAGUAUUUCGAAGGAUUACUGCCUUUAAAAACACGAACACUAUUUGUAGCCAUAUUUGACAUUCUGAUUGAAUUUGUUUGAUGCAUUGUUUCAAAAUUGAGAUAAAACUGGCAUAAGAAUCCCUUAAAUGCACUUUUAUGUACUUUUUUAUUGGAGUAUGACUAAUUUUAGAUCUUCAGCUGGUAGACUUUUUGUUUUAUUGGAGAAUCUCUUCAACAGAAGUAAUCUGCAAAUUGGAUGACGUUCUGUGGUAUACUAUACAUUGAAAGCGAAGUGUAUAGUAUAUGUACCUCAACUGCCAUCAAGCAGCAGUAAGCCUUUAAAAUAAAAAAAGUUUUUGGUUAUAAGACACAAAUUGAGGAGGUAAUUGGGAAGUUUCGGUAUUGGUAGGACGUGAUUAAGAUGUGGUCUACUUUUAUUUAUAGGAUUGUUUUAAGGUGCAUACAGAUCAGCAGUUGAACAGCAAAUAAACUUUCCUUUGAGCUAAUCAAAACUCCUUCAUCCCUUUUUGAUCCUUUUAUUUCCUGGGAAAAGCUUUUGCGUUUACCGUUGAGGGUUUUGGGGUUGGGGGUUGAGUUUUUUGGGGUUUUUUUCAGCUUGUAUGCACCAUACAGGAGAGUAGUUAUUUAUACAACAUCAAGCCAUGUACUCAUUGGAGUUCCCCUCUGGCCCGUACCUAGUCAUGACACCCUGUGGCCCGUAGGCAGAAAUCCAAACUUUUUCCCCGUGACUGAAGCGUUUCAGUGAACGCGGCGUGCCUGGGACGCACCACACCUGUCUAGAUGGCCUUUGAAUCGCUAACCGUCAGAUGAUUUUUGUACACUCCAUAGAAGUCCUGUACGCAUUCAAAAGCUUCCAAUUUUAAAUAAAAGCAAAAAGAGUUUUCCCUAAGGAUUUUAACCUUUUAUUUUUAGCUGGCUCAUCAGAAGCAGUUACAUACCGAACGACACUGAGUUUUUAACAGUCACAUUUCUAGUAAGCACUUGACAUCUAGUAAGCUCUCUUGCUCCUAUUUUUUGUUCUUGUAGUUCUAUCAGAAAAGUAACAACUUUUUUCUUUUGAAGAACUGAAUCUCUCAUGGCAAAGAACAGCAGGAUUUGAGGAACAUGAGGGAUACCAACAGUAGUACCAGAUGUAGAUAACGAACUUCAUGUUACUAUUAAGUCUGAAAUACGUGGGAUGUCAAAUCAUACUUCCCGUACUUCGAUUAGCAUGUUUUAUGAGCUCCCUUCUCCCAUUGUGCUCCAUACUAUUACACGUGCAUCUUUCAUGUUAAAAUUAAAUUACUUACACUCUUCCCCUCAUCCUUCUAAAUUAAUUCUCCAAAGUCAGAGUGUAGCUUAUCUUUUACUUAGGCUGUGCAGUAACUGAAGGGUUUUUUUUUCGCCAUUUGUCUGAGAUGUCUAGUAUACAAUAUUUCUCUUUUCCUUGCCCUGUGCAGCCUGCUGUCGUCCACCCCUCAAAGAAGGUUAUAUUAACAGUUGAAGUGUACAAGGUGUCUGUGUAUUUUGUGUAGCUAUGGAGUUUAGAUCGAAAUUGCCAGGCACAAAUUUAGUCUUGUCAUUUUGUUUACACAUCGGGAAAUCUUUUUCAUUUUAUUAAACGUUUCAUGUAACUGCACCCAAGUUUUGCCAAGCUGGAAACUUGGAACUUCUCUGUAUAGUGACUUUUUAAUUCUAGUUUUCAUAACCUGGAGAUCAGACUGUUGCUUUCGCAUGAUGUACGUAGUGUCUCAUGACUGGAGUUUGCUUUGUUUUAUAGUAUCUGUACUCCUUGUAUUUUUCAAGAGCUAUUUUGUAAACAGAUGAUGUAUUUCUCCAUUGAAAACACAAUAAAAAACAGCACAAUCCCA